GAGGUGAAGCAGGUCUGGAGAUAUUUAGCUAAACGUUGACUUUCUAACACAGCAGCAGCUCAACAUGGCCAAGCCGCUCACCGACCAGGACCGCAGGAAGCAGAUCUCAGUGCGGGGACUGGCCGGGGUGGAGAACGUCUCGGACCUAAAAACUAAUUUCAACCGGCAUCUUCAUUUCACCCUGGUGAAGGACCGGAAUGUGGCCACCAAACGAGACUACUACUUCGCUCUGGCCAACACAGUGCGGGAUCACUUGGUGGGCCGAUGGAUCCGGACGCAGCAGCAUUACUAUGAGAAAGAUCCGAAACGUGUCUACUACCUCUCCCUGGAGUUCUACAUGGGUCGCACUCUGCAGAACACCAUGGUGAACCUGGCUUUGGAGAACGCCUGCGAUGAAGCUACGUACCAGCUGGGUUUGGACAUGGAGGAUCUGCAGGACAUCGAGGAGGAUGCCGGCCUAGGCAACGGAGGGCUGGGGCGUCUGGCUGCUUGUUUCUUGGACUCCAUGGCCUCUCUGGGUCUGGCUGCUUACGGCUACGGCAUCCGCUAUGAGUUUGGCAUCUUCAAUCAGAAAAUAGUCGACGGCUGGCAGGUGGAAGAGGCUGAUGACUGGCUGCGUUACGGUAACCCCUGGGAGAAGGCUCGCCCAGAGUACAUGCGUCCAGUUCACUUCUACGGACGAGUGGAGCACACGGGUGAAGGAGUGAAAUGGGUCGACACACAGGUGGUUCUGGCUCUUCCCUAUGACACCCCAGUCCCCGGCUACAGAAACAACAUCGUCAACACCAUGAGACUGUGGUCCGCUAAAGCACCCUGUGAAUUUAACCUCAAAGACUUUAAUGUUGGUGGCUACAUCCAAGCUGUGCUGGAUAGAAACCUGGCUGAGAACAUCUCCAGGGUUCUCUACCCUAAUGACAACUUCUUUGAAGGGAAGGAGCUGCGUCUGAAGCAGGAGUACUUCGUUGUCGCAGCCACACUUCAAGACAUCAUCCGUAGAUUCAAGGCCUCCAAGUUUGGCUCCACAGAGUAUGUGCGCUUGGAUCUUUCUACACUGCCAGAUAAGGUGGCCAUCCAGCUGAAUGACACCCACCCUGCUAUGGCCAUCCCUGAACUGAUGAGGAUCCUGGUGGACAUGGAGAAAGUCACUUGGGAGAUGGCCUGGGACAUCGUGGUGCGUACCUGUGCCUACACCAACCACACCGUCCUGCCUGAAGCUCUGGAGCGCUGGCCCGUUGAUCUCUUCCAAAACCUGCUGCCUCGUCACCUGGAGAUCAUCUAUGAGAUCAACAGGAGGCACCUGGAGCGCAUCAGCAAGCUUUACCCAGGGGACAUGGACCGCAUGCGCCGUAUGUCCCUGAUUGAAGAGGGCGACGUCAAGAAAAUCAACAUGGCUCACCUGUGCAUUGUGGGAUCUCAUGCUGUCAACGGAGUGGCCCGCAUCCACUCUGAAAUCAUCAAAGACACAGUGUUCAAGGAUUUCUACGAGAUGGACCCAGACAAGUUCCAGAACAAGACCAACGGCAUCACGCCCAGACGCUGGCUGGUCAUGUGCAACCCAGGCCUGGCUGAGGUCAUCGCAGAGAGGAUUGGUGAGGACUACAUCCGUGACCUGGACCAGCUGAAGAAGCUUCUGGACUUCGUGAACGAUGACUCCUUCAUCAGGGAUGUUGCCAAAAUCAAACAAGAGAACAAGAUGAAGUUUGCCGCCUACCUUGAGGAGCAGUACAAGGUCAAGAUCAACCCCAACUCCAUGUUUGAUGUCCACGUGAAGAGGAUCCACGAGUACAAGAGGCAGCUGCUCAACUGCCUGCACAUCAUCACGCUGUACAACCGUAUUAAGAAGGAGCCCAACAAGGCAUGGACCCCCAGGACAAUCAUGAUUGGAGGAAAGGCGGCUCCAGGUUACCACACCGCCAAGAUGAUCAUCAAGCUGAUCACAUCAAUUGGAGACAUUGUCAAUAAGGACCUUGUGGUGGGAGAUCGCCUCAAAGUCAUCUUCCUCGAGAACUAUCGUGUCACCCUGGCUGAGAAAGUCAUCCCAGCAGCAGACCUUUCGGAGCAGAUCUCCACCGCAGGCACUGAGGCCUCUGGUACCGGAAACAUGAAGUUCAUGCUGAAUGGGGCCCUCACCAUUGGCACCAUGGAUGGAGCCAACGUGGAAAUGGCAGAGGAGGCUGGAGAGGAGAACCUCUUCAUCUUCGGCAUGAGGGUGCCCGAUGUGGAGGCUAUGGACAAGAAGGGCUAUGACGCUGUGCCGUACUACAACCGUAUCCCUGAGCUGAAGCAGGCCAUGGAUCAGAUAUCUGGAGGAUUCUUCAGCCCCGGCCAACCCGACCUCUUCAAAGACCUCGUCAACAUGCUGAUGCACCACGACAGGUUCAAGGUAUUUGCGGACUAUGAAGCGUACAUCAAAUGUCAAGACAAAGUCAGCGCACUCUAUAAGAACCCUAAAGAGUGGACCAAGAUGGUGAUCCAUAACAUCGCCGGCUGUGGCAAAUUCUCCAGUGACCGCACCAUUUCCCAGUAUGCUAGGGAGAUCUGGGGGAUGGAGCCCAGUCUGGAGAAGAUCCCUGCUCCUGAUGAUCCCCGCUAAACCACAUCUGCCUCCUGCACUUUAAUGUAGCUCACCAUGUGGUCCCAACACAAGAGAUAAACCCCUGUAGCACUGUGUACUGUGGCAUUAUUUCAUUAGAUUAUUGAUCCUUAUAAAACCCUUAUUACUUCCAGUUCAUCAUGCAUUAAUAAUUAUUGAAAUGGGCUUGUUCACAAUCUGUAUUUGUUUUCCCUCUGUGCACCAGCAAUGCAUAUCCUAUUCUCACUGUUGGGUGAAAACGUUGUAUCUCUGGGUCAGCCUUACACGAGUUUAGGAACUGCCAAACCUCAACCUCUUUCAGUUGUAGUGAAAACAUUACAUGCAUUUUGUCAUAGUCAGCACAAACCUUUAAUUUGCCUCACUGCUUUACUCUGAACUAUGUUUGGGGUCCAAACAUCAGUCAAAAUUUGGGAUUUUUUUUUGUGCUACAGUUUUCACAUGACAGUGACACAAUUCUACCUACAUUCCCCUUCUCCUUCUGAGCCCUUGUGGCUCUUAAACCCAGCAAAAAUGCCAGAAACCUCAGCACUGUUAUGGUACCAAACCAACCAGGUCUUCCAUAGAAGAAAGAAGGAACAUGUAGCGGUUCAUGUGCACCACAGCCUCAUAUCAGCACUGUGACCCGGAUGGUGUUGGAAGGAAGCCAAGUCUCCAUAAUCACAGCAGAUUACCAUGCACAUUACUAUUUCAGUCUUGACUGCUCUCAGUGUUUUAAUGGUGUUUGCUGAAUGUAUCCGUGUGUGUAUUAUCAUUAAUGGUCCGGGGAGCCCUAAAAAUGCAGCUGUAUUGACCCAUCAGUUUACCUGUGAUCUCCCCAGCAUGUUUGUGUCUGUCUCAUAUUGCUGUUCUGUUCCUCAAAGUGGCCUGUGUUAGACUAUAACAAAGCCUUCUCUGCCUAUAAACCUAAGUGACUAAAGAUGUGUGUAUUCUGUGUUGUAGUUGUGUGUUUAACAUAGAGUCCAUGACACUGUGGCUAUCAGCUCGAUUGAAGUACUGUAACAACACGCUGUCCUGCUUCAGCUACUGCAUAUGACUGUCUGACUGCUGUGGUGCUGCAGAAAGAACUGUACUCAACACUAAAGCUAACAUGUUCACUGUCAGUCAGUGCUUUUCCUUUUUAUUCAAUAAAUGACAAAAAUAC